CUCUCUCUCUCUCUGCCUCCACGGUGCACAGCAUCUCGCACACACCCACAUGCCCGCGCUCUCCUCUGGCCCACACUCCAUCCAUCCCCUCCUCCUCUUUUCUGUCGCCAUCCUAAUUUCAUCCCAUCUCAUCACUCCCCCCCUCUCUUUUAAUUAAAAGAAAAGCACUCCUCAUCUCUUCCGUUAUUAUUAUUUUUUUUGCCCCAUCAAAGUAGGGUUUCUUGGAUGAGAGCGGGGAUUCUUGCCCGGUGAUGCACUCGGCGAUCCAAGGAUUCGCGGAUCCUGUGGCGGCGGUGUUGCUCCUCCUCCUUCUUGUUGAUCUUUUCUUGUUUCCCUCGGUGGUUGGAUUCGGCUUCUCCUUGGGGUUGCAGCGAUGCCAGCGCUCGUCAAGUAUGGAGGAAGCGAUGACCUCUGUCCCGCGGGCCCUCUCUUCUCAAACCUCAUGGAUUCGAGCCUCCUCUUGUCUCUCGCUCCUAACGUCGAUGUCUUCUGCCCGCCUCGCAAGAGGUCACGGGUCACCGCUCCUUUCGUCUUCAAAGGAGGGGAGAAGGGCGCUGAGAAGCCCAAGCAGAAGCUCUGCUCCAUCGACGUUCUUCCCGAUGAGUGCCUCUUCGAGAUUCUCAGGCGAUUGCCAGGAAGCAGGGAGAGGAGCAACUCUGCCUGUGUAUCCAAGCGAUGGCUUAUGCUUCUGAGCAGCAUCCGGGCUUCUGAGAUCGCUGCUAACAAGAAGAACGGCAGCAGCAAUGGCGACUUGUUGAAGAAUCCUUUGCCAGAUCUGAACGAUGCUGUGAGUACAGACGAGGAAGAAGAACCUGAGAAGGCUGGAUAUCUAACUCGGUACUUAAAAGCAAAGGAAGCCACAGAUGUGAGACUUGCUGCUAUGGCUGUUGGGGUCGGUGGCCAUGGCGGGCUGGGAAAGCUUUACAUCCAAGGAAGCAAUGCAACUCGUCCACUAACUGAUACCGGACUCUCUGCAGUUGCCCAUGCUUGCCCUUCCCUCCGGGUUCUGUCGAUGUGGAACAUUCCUUUCAUCAGUGAUGUUGGUCUUUCAGAGAUUGCUAAUGGAUGCCCCAUGCUGGAAAAGCUAGACCUUUGUAGGUGCCCUUCAAUUUCAGAUAAGGGCUUGAUAGCUGUUGCUCGGAAGUGUCCCAAGUUGACAUCGCUAACGAUAGAGUCUUGCUCAAGCAUCGGCAACGAAGGUCUGCAUGCUAUUGGCCGCUGCUGCCCAAAGUUGAAAUCUAUUAUUAUCAAGGACUGCCCUGGUGUUGGCGACCGAGGAGUUGCAAGCCUGGUCUCUGCAGCUUCAUCUUCCCUCGCAAGGAUAGAUCUUCAGAGCAUAAACAUUAGUGAUGCGUCUCUUGCUGUCAUUGGGCACUAUGGGAAGGCUGUUGCUGAUCUAGCCCUUACCGGCCUCCAGUAUGUGAGCGAGAGGGGAUUCUGGGUUAUGAGCAAUGCUCUUGGCUUGCAGAAAUUGAAGUCCAUCACCAUCGACUCCUGCAACGGGGUUACCGAUCUGGGCCUUGAAGCCAUCGCAAAGGGUUGCCCAAGUCUGAAGCAGCUGUUCCUCAGCAGGUGCUGCUACCUGUCAGAUUCUGGCCUGAAACUUUUUGCUCAAACAGCUAGGGCUCUGGAGAAUCUGCAUCUGGAGGAGUGCAACCGGAUCAGUCUCAUUGGUGUUCUUGGUUUUCUUCUUAGCUGCAAUGCAAAAUUCAGGGCACUAUCCUUGGUGAAAUGCUUUGGGAUCAAUGAUACAAGUUUUUGCCCGUCCCCGCUUCCUUCAUGCAUGUCUCUUCGGUCCUUGACCAUUCGUGACUGCCCAGGUUUCACUGGCACUAGCCUAGCAGUGGUUGGGAAGAUCUGCCCACAGCUGCAGCAUGUAGAUUUGAGCGGGCUAGUUGGUGCGACUGAUGCAGGGCUUCUGCCACUGAUUGAGAGUUCAGUGGGAUUGGUUACUGUCAAUCUAAGUGGCUGUGUGGAUCUGACUGAUGCUGCCAUUACUGCACUGGCAAAGGCACAUGGAACUACUCUCCAGAUGCUUAAUCUUGAAAGUUGCAAGAAUGUUACUGAUAAGAGCCUCUUGGCAAUUGCAGACUGCUGUUCUUUGCUUGAUGACCUUGAUAUGUCGAGGUGCACGAUUAGUGACCAUGGUGUUGCUGUCCUGGCGUAUGCUAUGCAGCUCAAACUCCGAGUCCUCUCUCUGGCAGGAUGUUCUGGGCUGACCCAAAAGAGUCUGCCAUUCUUGGGCAAUAUGGGCAGGUCACUAGUAGGGCUGAACCUUCAAAACUGCAACCUGAUAAGUACUCAAGGGAUUGGAGCACUUGAGGAGAAGCUAUGGUGGUGUGAUAUCCUUUACUAGAAGACAGACCGAGGAAGAAGGGAUGCAGGAGAUUCUCCAGUCAGUCCAAUGAUUGGGGCCUCCAGCACGAGAUGACACAUAAAAUCAGCAUUAGUAUCAGCAGGGUUGAAAUUUCAGUUAGUUUUUGGCUCGUGUUUUGGGCAAUGGGCUUUCUUCUUUGUCACAGGACAUGUUGUUUUUCAGGGACCUCUGACCAGCCUCAAUUUUUGCAGAGUUUCCUCUUUUACAGGGGAAACCUGUUUCAGAGUGUUUUGCUGCCACUAAUUGGCUAGCUUUCCUCUAUCCUGGCCUUGGUUCUUUAGAUUACAACUGUACCUGGUCCUGGUUCAUAAUGGUUUCUUUGAGUCUUUGCUUUUCUUUUUUAUCUCAUAUUUAGUGGGUUUUUUAUAGGGUCCUGGUUAUGUAUCGCUGGGGGUAGCGACAUCCAUGGCUGCUCCGGUGUUCUGGCCAAGGCUCAUUGGUAGUUCAAGCUUGCAUCUGAAGUCUCAGUCAGGUCUUGUAGGUGUUGUUCCAGUUUGGGCUUACGUCCUCUGUGUCAGUUGGGUUUGUGCGGUUGUUUGUUAGUGUUGGUCUUGACUGGUUGCUUUUGCGCAGUUCUGUUUGGAUGCCUGAGAUCCAUGGGGCUUUGGUUAUGGCAGCACAUUCUUAGAGCGUGCCAUGACAUCCUAGUUUGGUUGUUUUUUUUUCACCAAGCCCUACUUUUGCAGGCUGAUGGCUGAGGACUGUAAUCUUUGCAACCUUUCUUAUAAUUAAUAAUUCUUGUGUUAUGUUACA